AUGGUUGUUGAAGCAAAUGGGUAUGAGAAUCUCACAUUUGGUGAAAAGGACUGUAGGAACUAUAUAGACAAGGUCAGGCGACUAAGGCUUGGGACAGGAGGCGCUGAAGCAAUGCAAAACUAUUUCGUUAGAAUGCAAAAGCAAAAUAGUCAGUUUUAUUAUGUAAUGGAUGUGGAUGUUGAUAGCCGUUUAAGAAAUGUAUUCUGGGCAGAUGCAAGAUGUAGGGAUGCAUAUAAAUACUUCGGUGAAGUCGCAACUUUUGACACCACUUAUUUAGCAAAUAAACAUGACAGGCCUUUUGCCCCUUUUGUUGGAGUAAAUCACCACGGUCAAUCUAUGUUGUUGGGUUGUGCACUCUUAUCAAAUGAGGAUGCUAAAAAAUUUACUUGGUUAUUCACCACAUGGUUAGAAUGCAUGUAUGGACACACUCCAAAUGCCAUUAUUACUGAUCAGGAUAAGGCAAUGAAAAAGGCGAUUGAGGUUGUCUUCCCAAAAUUCCGUCAUAGAUGGUGCUUAUGGCAUUUAAUGAAAAAGGUACCUGAAAAGUUUGGUAAAUACUCAGAAUAUGAGUCUAUUAAAGCACGUUUGCAUGAUGUUGUAUAUGAUUCUUUGAGCAAAAGUGAUUUCAUAGAGAUGUGGGAAAAAAUGAUUGAAUGUUAUGAGAUACAUGAUAAUGAAUGGUUGAAAGGGAUAUUUGAUGAGCGACAUCGUUGGGUUCCAGUGUAUGUGAGGGUUGUGUUUUGGGUCGGGAUGUCAACUACACGACGAAGUGAAAGUAUGAAUUCAUGUUUUGAUGGGUAUGUAUGCUUAAAGACAUCAUUGAAGCAAUUUGUUGAACAAUAUGACAGUGCAUUGAAAGAUAAGAUUGAAAAGGAAAGCAGGGAUGAUUUUGGUUCAUUUAAUUCAGUAAUUGCUUGUGUAAGUCAUUACCUCAAUUUUGAGUUCUUCCAUGUUGAAUGGCCUAGUUAUGGUCGCCCCCUCUUUAAAAGAUAA